AUGGCGAUAAAUAACCCAUUGGUCCACGCCCCACUGUUACUAGAGCCUGUCAAGGACAAAGGAACCAAAAGGAGAGACAACCCAGCCACAAGGAGAACAGCCCCUGACAACUCAAGCUCAAUCCAAAACAAUCUGUACACCUUCUUCCACCAGGCAUCGCUGGUUUUCCAGCCUAACGCCUCAAACACAGAUACAGGAGAUGGUGGCCCGGUGUUGAUAAAACAGUAUGGUGCCGAUCAAUGGCAGUGA